AUUCAUAAACUUUAGGGUCACCCAGUAGCAGGACCACGUCUUGGGGGUACCGGAAUGCAAUUACUGCAUAAAAAAUUGAUUAUCACUGUCACUUUCAGAAGUUACAUGUACCCACCUAACUCUAUACAACCCUGGAAGUUGGAGAUCUCAGAGAGAGCAAGAGGCAGAGAGCACCGUCCAUGGCUGCUGCCGCCAAAUCAAGCAUAUGGGAAAUUACAGCAGAGGACAUAACAGCAGCAGGACUGAGCUCAGCGGAUGCCGCAGGAUUCUACAAGGAGCUGCGACGGGUGGCUGAAGCUCACAUGGGAGAAGGAUCAGAGGCUGAAUUAUGGAGAGAUUUGGUGGAGAGAAGACUGUUGAAGCCAAGUCAUCCUCAUGAACUUCAUCAGUUGGUUUACUACUCUGUGUAUGCUGAAUGGGAUGUCUCAGUUAGAGGACCACCUCCUUAUUGGUUCCCUUCCAAAAUACAUUCAAAAGAUACCAAACUCGGGAGGGUGAUGGAAAUUCAUGGUCCUAAGCUGUUAGGAUCAUUAUAUCAUGAUCCAGUUACAAGCUUUUCUCUCUUCCAGAAGCUCACGAUUGAACAUCCAGAGGUCUAUUGGUCAAUUGUCAUAAAAGAGCUCUCUCUUAUAUUUCAUGAGCCACCAAAAACUAUUCUAGAUACUUCAGACAAAUCCAACAAUGGGGGAACUUGGUUUCCAGGAGCAAUUAUGAAUAUUGCAGAAUGUUGUCUGCUGCCAGGGAAUUUGCCAAAUAAAACAGAUGACAGCAUGGCGAUUAUUUGGAGAAACGAAGGUUUUGACGAUGAUCCUGUUAAUUAUUUGACAUACAGAGAGCUUCGCGAUCAAGUGAUGUUGGUAGCUAAUGCACUGGAUAUGACAUUUACAAAGGGAGAUAUGAUCGCCAUCGAUAUGCCAAUGACAUCGACAGCAGUUAUCAUAUAUUUAGCAAUCAUUCUCGCUGGAUAUGUUGCUGUGACAAUUGCUGAUAGUUUUGCUGCAAAUGAGAUUGCCACUCGUAUGAGAAUAACAAAAUCAAAAGGAAUAUUUACUCAGGAUUUCAUUAUUAGAGGAGGAAAAAAGUUUCCUCUCUACAGUCGUGUUGUGGAGGGAUGUCAAUCUAAAGCUAUUGUUGUUCCUGUGCGCGGAGACAAUGUGGGCGUUUCACUUAGGAGCCAUGAUUUAUCAUGGAAUGACUUCAUAUCGAGCACUGCUGCUCUACCAAACCCAGUCAACUACCCUCCCGUUUAUCAGCCGAUGGAGGCUAUGACUAACAUACUCUUCUCUUCUGGUACUACUGGAGACCCAAAAGCUAUUCCAUGGACACAACUUUCUCCAAUCAGAAAUGCAUCUGAAGCAUGGGCGCAUUGCAAUAUGCGAGCAGGAGAUGUGUACUGCUGGCCUACAAAUUUGGGGUGGGUUAUGGGUCCUUCCACAUUGUAUUCCUCCUUCUUAAAUGGUGCCGCGUUGGCUCUAUAUCAUGGUUCUCCUCUUGGUCGAAGCUUUGGCAAAUUUGUUCAGGAUGCAUCUGUGACAGUGUUAGGUACAGUACCAAGCAUUGUAAAAACCUGGAAGAGUAGCAAGUGCAUGGAAGGACUUGAUUGGACAAAGAUAAGGGGAUUUGGCACCACAGGUGAAAACUCUGAUAUUGAUGAUGAUCUCUGGCUUUCUUCACGAGCAUAUUAUCAACCUGUUAUCGAACUUUGUGGAGGGACAGAACUCGCAUCAUCCUACUUAGCAGGAAGCUUGUUGCAACCUCAAGCUUUUGGAGCAUUCAGCACUCCAUCAAUGUCAGCAGGGUUUGCAAUUUUAGAUGACCAAGGAAUUCCUUAUCCAGAUGAUCAACCUUGUGUUGGAGAAGUGGGUUUAUUUCCUCUGCACAUGGGUGCAAGUCAAAAACUACUCAAUGCUGAUCACAACAAGGUUUACUUUGAUGGAAUGCCAGUUUAUCGAGGAAUGAAACUGAGAAGACACGGGGAUAUAGUUCAAAGAACAGUAGGUGGAUAUUAUAUCAUCCAGGGGAGGGCAGAUGAUACCAUGAAUCUGGGAGGGAUCAAGACAAGCUCGGUGGAGAUUGAACCGUUAUGGCAUCGGGCAGAUGAAAGAGUGUUGGAAACAGCUGCUUUACGCAUUCGUCCAAGUAAUGGAGGGCCUGAGCAGUUAGUCGUGUUGGUGGUGCUGAAACCUGGAUCUUUAGAUUGUGAACCGGAUUUCUUGAAGAAUAAAUUCCAGAAAUCCAUUCAGAAAAACCUAAACCCUUUGUUCAAGGUGAGCCAUGUCAAAGUUGUUCCUGAGUUUCCUCGAACAGCUUCUAAUAAGUUACUGAGACGCGUUCUGAGGGAUCGAGUGAAGCAGGAGUUUUCAUCUCGCAGCAAGCUAUGAUUGCGUUGAAGAAUUCCUAUUUGUUGAUUGCGAGCUUGAUGUUUUUGGGUGAUGGUUUAAUUCUGCUUGCUGUAAUGCACUGUUGCUUGUUUUAUUGACGGAUGAAUUGACUCCAUAGAAGCUGUCAUAAGUUCGAAUAAGGUUGGGAAACAUUUGGAAAAUAAUCAGAUCAUUUCAGUACUUUUAAAUUGGAGAUAUCAGUGUGGUCUUUCAAAGUAUAAUAAAAAGAGACACUUCAUUAUCA